ACCCAGGAUCACAGACCCCAGAGACUGCUUGCGAGGCACCAUGUCUCAGCUGUUGCCUCUUCUUCUGUGUGCUGUUGUUGGGUGUUCCCUUCAGGGAGCAGCUGGACAAUCAACCAAUGCAGAGGGCCAAGUGGGUGCGGAUAAAGAUACACUUAAGGACGAUGUGGCCUUCCUUGUCAAUAGUAUACGGACAAUGGUGCAAAAUCAGCAGAAACACGUCAUCAAAGAGGGCAUUUCGACUCGCACACUGAAACAACAUAUUUUGGACAUCAACGCCACACUGCACAGUCUCAAAUAUGUGAUGGACAAGAAUGUAGAAGAAGAUUAUCACCGUUGCCUACUACCAAAUUUUCGCCCCCAUCACAGGAGACGUCAUCCUCCUCCUCCGCCCCCUCCUCGUGGCCGUCAUCCUCCUCCCCCUCCUCCUCCUCCUCCUCAGAAGAGUGGUCCUGCCACUUCACUGCCAUCUCAUCAUCUAGUUCAACCUACGAUUAAUGGUGAUCCUCCCCCUUCGCAUAAGAGCGAUCCUGUUCCAAAGCAACCCCCUGCUGGAGACAACAGUGGAAAUUCUAGAUCCUGGGGACUGAUCUAACUUUGGAAUCUUCUACAUCAUCAGCCGUGCACGGGCAUAAUGAGUCGCAGUACGAAAUAAAUGAUUGAGAAUA